AUACAUCGCCGUAACCGACGCACUAGGCGUAUUCCUGGUGUAUAAGAGCUGGUGCGACUCCCGUCCACAGGUUUAGUUGACCAGACACUCUUGAGGGUGAGCUAAGGUACACAGAGGUGACGAUCGCGACUUUUUUUUUUACCGAAAACAGACAAAAUGCCUGGACCUUCUAGACCUCGUUGGCAAGUUGCCGGUAGACGUGAUCCUGAACAGGAACAAGAAAUCCUGAACUGGAUCCAGGUGGUUACUGGCGAGAGGAUUCCACCAAACAUCCCUUACGAGCACGCUCUCAGGGAUGGAGUACUACUUUGCAGAGUUAUGAACCGUCUCAUGCCGGGCUGCAUCACCAGAGUCAAUGUAUCCGGGGGAGAUUACAAAUUUAUGGAUAACAUUCAACAGUUUUUGAGUGCAGCAACAAAAUACGGCGUACCUGACGUGGAUUUGUUUGAAGCAGCAGAUCUGUACGAAGCUAAGAACAUAGCGCUGGUUAAUCAGUGCCUUUAUGCCCUUGGUCGCACGUGCUAUCGCCACCCCGAAUGGAGGGGACCAUUCUUGGGCCCCAAACCAGCCGACGAAAACAAAAGGCACUUCUCCGAGCAACAAAUGCGCGCCGGAGAGGCCAUCAUUGGACUCCAAGCUGGGUCCAACAAGGGGGCUACACAGUCUGGACAAAACUUUGGGGCUUCACGUAAAAUCAUCUUUGGAAAGUAAAUUUAAGAACCCUGCUGCUCCCCACUUCGUGUUGCUAAGUACUUAACAAAUGAAAAAAAAA